AAGUGACUUGAAGCACAUAAUUGCACACAGCCGCCUUUGGAAGGAUGUGAGCUAAAUGGCCAAUCAAACAGAGCUUCCGAGCUUAAAGGGGCCGCCCACUUCUGUGCUUUAAUACCUGAUGGAGUCCAUAACAUAGACCAUUCAAUAGACCACCGCUGAAGCGCGUAAGACCUAGUUAAGGUGUGGUCAUUUGGAUCACCAUCAUGCCAAAGUUGAGUCCGUUCAGCUGUUUUUAUGGAUACUCAAAAUAAGGCCGUUUUUAGUUAGAGGAGAAUUCAUCCAUUCAUGCUUAUGUCAAUCAUGCCAACAGAAGGCUGCGAUACGCCGCGUCUUUGCUCCCCUCGGAUCUGAAUCAUUUGGGGUUUCUGAUUGUCCCUUUUACGCACUAACACAUCACCAACACGGAGUUCCUUACAUCGGCGUGAUUUUUCAAUCUGGCUGUCUGAACUUGUUGGACGCAUAUCUUCAGUCUCCUCGAUGCGCAUUCCACAUCAGUUGGUUCUUCUGCAUGGAUAAAACACGACCGGCCUUCUUCAUCUUGAAUAAUUCUGGAGAAGACGCGUAAAAGGUUCGCAGUCCAGCCAUGGCCAUGGUGGUGAGCGUGUGGAGAGAUCCGCAGGAGGAACUGGCACCGGGGGGAUCUCUGGAUGAUCAGAGCGGACCGGGGAGAGACCACCACCAUCACCACCGCUUGAGCGCAGCCGCGCACUCUCCAAACACCGGACUUCCCUCCGCGGAGGAUAAAGGGCAGAACUCAGCGCAGAACCAGCAGCACAUCGAGUGCGUUGUUUGCGGGGAUAAAUCCAGCGGGAAGCACUACGGACAGUUCACAUGCGAGGGAUGCAAAAGUUUCUUCAAGCGGAGUGUUCGGCGGAACUUAACGUACACGUGCCGUGCCAACAGAAGCUGCCCGGUGGAUCAGCACCACAGGAACCAGUGCCAGUACUGCCGCCUCAAGAAAUGCCUGAAAGUGGGCAUGAGACGCGAAGCGGUUCAGCGAGGAAGAAUGCCACCGAACCAGCCGAACCCGAGCCAUUACGCGCUGGCAAAUGGAGACCCCCUGAAUGGCCAAUGCUACCUAUCCGGAUACAUAUCCCUGCUGCUACGGGCAGAACCAUAUCCAGCCUCACGAUAUGGAAACCAGUGCAUGCAGUCCGGUAACAUCAUGGGCAUAGAGAACAUCUGCGAGCUGGCGGCCCGUUUGCUCUUCAGUGCGGUGGAAUGGGCAAGGAACAUCCCUUUCUUUCCUGAUCUUCAAAUCACGGAUCAGGUGUCUCUCCUCAGACUCACCUGGAGUGAACUUUUUGUUCUGAACGCUGCGCAGUGCUCCAUGCCGCUGCAUGUGGCUCCUCUCCUCGCCGCCGCUGGACUUCACGCGUCCCCGAUGUCCGCGGAUCGGGUCGUGGCCUUCAUGGAUCAUAUCCGGUUCUUCCAGGAGCAGGUGGAGAAACUGAAGGCCCUGCAGGUGGACUCCGCCGAAUACAGCUGUGCCAAAGCAAUAGUGCUGUUCACAUCAGAUGCAUGCGGCCUUUCAGACGUACCGCACAUAGAAGGUCUUCAGGAGAAAUCUCAGUGCGCGCUCGAGGAGUAUGUGAGGAGCCAGUAUCCGCACCAGCCCACGCGCUUCGGCAAGCUGCUGCUGAGACUCCCCGCGCUAAGGAUGGUCUCCUCCUCCGUCAUAGAACAGCUUUUCUUCGUUCGACUGGUGGGUAAAACGCCCAUUGAGACGCUCAUCAGGGAUAUGCUGCUAUCUGGGAGCAGUUUCAACUGGCCCUACAUGUCCAUUCAAUGAGAGGGAGAUGAAGAUGGACAUUUGGUGAGCAAAAUGUAACAUGGACGAAACUCUCUGAAAUCUCUCUCUCCCACUCAGUGUCGAUUUAUAUAGCAAGGAUAUUGUGAAAAUGUGAAGAUAACUUUACUCUCUUUCUCCUGAUCUCUACUUUUAACAGUCAAGCAUCAUAUUAUGUGCCAUAAAGACUAUAAAAUAACGUUUGAUUCAUUUCCUCACAGUGUAAUUUUCCAUUUAAAUAUUUUAAAUCAAAUGCAAAAUGUCUUAAUUUAGUUAUCUGAACGAGGGGAUAUGCUUUCAUCCAAAAUAACAGACAUAAAAUCACUAUUGGUGUUAACCUAAAAACGUUUUGUUUCAACUGAUAAGCGGAGACAAUGGAUUUAACAAUUAUUUAUUUUGCUGUAUUUAUUUUCCUGCUCAUCAACUUCCUGUACACGUGAUCUAAACAAUCAACCACAGCACUUAAGGUUAUGUUUUUUUUUUUCUGAGGCUCGACAAUAAAUGUUAUUGGUGUAUUUUCCAACGUUUUUCAAACCCUUAGAUGAUUAUUUGGACUGUCAGGGUGGGCGAUGGGGGGCUGAAGGUUUUGAUGUACGAUGCAACAUUUGAUUAAACAAUUUUCAUUAAUCAUUUCGUGCGUAAAUGUGCUUUU